AUGCAGUUCUACCAGCCACCGGCUCAGCAGCACCUUGCGCGGAGCACACCGCCUCCGAAUUUUGCUCAGCCCUAUGGAAUGGGAAUGCGCCCACACGAGGAAGAAACUCGACAGAUUAUGAAUUUGGAUAGUCAACAGACGCACAGCUCGUCGCCAACAUCUUCAUGGAAUCAGCCGUACGGACAAAUGUCAAAUCCUUAUCAACAACGUGGACCUUCUCUCUACGCCCCACCAGGCCCACCGGUAAUGCACCAGAAUGGACCACCGGGAGUUGUUCCUACAUCGAAUCCCUAUUACCAACCUCCUGUUCCACCACAACAUCAUCAUAUGCAACCACAGGCGCCUAUGAUGUCCCCCGGAAUGCAUGGACAACAGCAACAACAACCAUAUUAUAAUACGCAAUCACCAUUGACAGGAACUCCACCAUCCAUGAGCUACGGUACCCCACAGAUCCCUGCUCCACCACCAACCUCGAAUGGUUCGGCGCCAAUGUUCAAUUUUUCGAAGCCAAGAAACUCGAACGAGGGAUCGUUGACGAAUGGUGGUGGCGGUGCUGCACAUCGCCGAAAGAAGCACAACGAUUUGAGCUCGCCACGCUAUAGCAGUAAUAGCAAUGAAGAUGUUGAUGGUUCAGUGUUUCCCGAUAUGGCAGACUUCCCACUGCUCGACGUUGUUCAAUCGAAGGCGAAGAAGGAUGCCGGUCGAAAACCGUGCCGCCCGCAUCUUUGUGAGCAAUCGAGAAUGCUCAUUUCUCGUGUUUGUCAUUUCCAUCGGGAAUUUAUUAAACGGCUUCCUGCUCGUCAUCCUCUUGUCAAUUCACCAUUUUCCAAGCCGGAUCAAUGGACUUCCCAAAUAAUGGGCAUCUCGCUGGCAACCGUUCGAAAAUGUAUUGAUAUGGCUGUGGAUGAGGAGGUCUUCACUAGAUGCACCGAUAAAAAUCUUGUCAAUCUUACGCCAUCGGAACGUGCCGAACGAGAAGAGCUCCUGUCGAAGUUGUCGACGGUAUUUGAAGACGAAAAAUCGCUGGGCGCCGGAACAGCCGGAAUGACGAUUGCCGAGUACUCUCCACGAAGAUCCUAUUCGAAUACACUGCUCCGCCAAUCGACAGAUGAUAAAUCGUCGACUUCAUCCUACAAUGCGAAUGGUGGAGAAUACGGCGGAAGCACUGAGACGACACUGUUGAAUCUGGAUGAUCAUUCGAAUAGCUCAAAAGAUUAUGGAAUGACUCCGACGACUCCAGCAGCACCUGUAGCAUCAUCAGUAACAUCAGAUCUUGGUGGUGGUGGUGGACAAGUUUUUGAGGAAAUUGGAGCAAUUGGUGGUGGAAUGAGCACCGAGUCGUCGUUGGAUGAUAAGUCGGCUGUGAAGAUUCCGAAGCGAGGAAGGCCUUGUAAGGCUCCAGGGACUACGGCGACUAAUAAAUCGACAAAGAGGAAGGAGUCUCAAGACGGAGGGCAAGAGGUGGGGGGACCUGUUGAAGAUAAAGAUGAUCAUGAGAAAAAGACUGAGGAUGAAGAUGAAACGAAUGAGGAGACUGAGAAAAUUGAAGUUCAACAAGCGGAUCAAGCUGAGAGAGAAGAUGAUGCAGCUUCCAGUGAGGGUACAAACCGAAGCGAAACUGCAACUCCGGAACUAGCAACCGACACUACAGCUGUUGCCAAGAAGACUCGCUCCGCAGCAGCUCGACGCAAGAACACUAAGACGGUCGACGACGAGUUUGCAGGCGCCACGAAAAAGAAGAGAGGAUCAGUGACGGCAGCGACCGCCGGAAUCGGUGGUGACGACGAGAAUUCGGAUCACAAAAUGGUGACAAGAGCUAGAAGCCGUCAACCGUGAUUUGUGUGACUGUAGAGAGAUCUUCUUCUUCUUCUUCUUCUUCUUCAAAUGCCUUCCCAUCCAAAAAUCUAUCCUAUUCGUGCCAUUUUGUGCCUCUUUUGCUUUUUUAAUUUUCUUUAUACAUUCCUGUAAUUCCCCAUUUUUCUUCACUUUUUUUUUCUGAUUCAUUCCCCCCCAGUUCCCCUCAAUGACUUUUUUCUGCUCCCUGUUUUAUCUGUACAUGACUUUAAAAAAAAAAUAAUUGAAUAAUUCCCCCCAAUAUAAUCUCCAAUUUUUUUCCAUUAGGCUUCCAUUUUAUAUGGACACACACAACACACCAACACACCAUGCUUUUAAUUUACCUUGGUCCUCGGGUAACACACACACACAGCUUUACUGCACAUUUUUUCCCGACUUUUUUUAGUGUUUUAGGGGCCUUUUUCUCUCUCUCUCUCCAUAUUCCCCCCGAGCCCUGUACUCGUGAAAAUGUUUUACCUCCCCAUCCCAUUCCGAAAUUAUUAUUCGUUAUUCCUUAUUUCAAAAUAACACUAUUAAUUUAUUUAAUUAUCCCCCUCUCCCUUGACUCCCGAAUAUUCGAUUUUUCUUGUAUAAUUUCAUUUCUGUCUAUGAAAGAUAUGAAAAUGGUGUAAUAUAUAUAGACAUUAAACAACAAAAAAGUACAACAUGAAA